AAUCCAAAGAUGAAUCUCUCUUCGAAGACACCUGCGACAAAGAUGACGCUAGUGCCAUGUUGGAAGCAGACGACAAAGACUGCGACGACCCAAACAAGCAGAAAUUAAAGUCCUUUUCUUCGGGGGGUUCCGAUUCUGGCAAAGCUGGUAAACCUCGUCGUGCUCGAACUGCCUUUACAUACGAGCAGUUGGUGGCAUUGGAGAACAAAUUCAAGACUACACGUUACCUAUCGGUGUGCGAACGCCUUAAUUUGGCACUCUCGCUGAAUCUUACGGAAACCCAGGUGAAAAUUUGGUUCCAGAAUCGUCGAACGAAAUGGAAGAAACAGAAUCCUGGAAUGGACGUGAACAGUCCAACGAUUCCUCCGAGCAGUGGUUCGCUUUCUGGGUUUUCUUCUCCGUAUUCCAGUGCUGCCCCGUUGUAUGCACAGGGCUUGCAUCCUUAUCUUCAAAAUCACAAUAUUUACGGAGCGUUGGGUAUAGAAAUGACAUUCACUGGAAGACAAAAGGCGUUUUGUGUGUUGGAGUAUGCUCGAACACAGUCGAACAAGACUGUGCAGCGUGCAUCUGUAAGAAAGAUCUCUAAAAUGUCACCAACGGCUAUGCAAAUUUGGACAUGGCUCAAAAAAUUCAAAGAAGAAGGCUGUCUGUGCAGGGCAAAAGGAUAUGGACAGCCACUAACAUCAGAAGAGACGAUUUCGCCAGAAAUUUUUGCCAAGCCCCAAGAAGUCCAUAAGAAGAACAAGUCUACAACCCAGAUUCCUCCAGCGACAGUUUGGCGCGCCUUGAGGAAACGCUUGCUACUGAAACCCUACAAUCUGCAGUUUGUACGGGCAUAA